GCCCCCUCCCACCUCUCUCUCUCUCUCUUUCUCUCUCUCCAUUUUAUAACCUUCCCUCUGUCAAUGCGUGCAAUUUAUGACCUAAUCACACGCACUCUCUCUUUCUCUCUCUCUCUCUCCGUCUCUGGCUUCAUACACCGGCGAUGGAUUACAGGUUGAGGGAACCCGAUAACAGAGCUCCCUAUCUCUCACCACGAGGCGCUAAUGGCUACUUCGCAUCUGAAGCCAUAAGAGUUGGUUAUAUUCAUGGUGAUCCAAAUCGGGAACUUCUACAAAGGGAGAUAGAAAAAAAGAGAAUCAGAGAGGAAAUUCUUGCUCAAGAAGCUGCUCGAAGGCGUGAGCUUGAAGAGGAGGUGAGGCGAGAGCUUGCCCUUGAAAGAGAGCUAGGGUCUCGACUUCAUCCUGAUCAUGAUAGGGCUCCAUUUUCCUCUCAAAUUCCAGAAACAAGGGUUUCUGAUCGGUUUCCGUUGCCGCCUCUUCAUGAUGCUAGGGCUACUGAGCAAUUUCCAUUGCCCUCUCGCCCCGAAAUCAGGGUCUCAGAGAGGUUUCCUAUCCUGCAACCUCCUCGGCCUGAAGGUAGGGUUGGCGAAAGAGGGCCUAUGAUUCCUCAUUCUCAGUCUGAAAUUAGGGUUCGUGAUCGAUUGCAAAUGUUGCAUCAUCGGCAUGAAGCAUUGGUUCAGGAGAGAUUACCUCUACCCCAAGUUCCGGAGGUCAUGAACAAAUCAGGACCCUUCCCAGCUGGGCCUUGGGUGCCCAAUCUCACUGGCUCAAAGAGGAAAGCAGAGGCAACCACAUCUGCUCAAAAGAAACCAAAGGCAACAAACCCAGCUCAUAACUGGAAAUGUGCCCUUUGCCAAGUUAGCUGCACAAGUAAGGACCUACUUAAUGAGCAUAAGCUUGGAAAGAAGCAUAGGGCCAAGCUCGAGGAGCUCCAAAUACGAGAAGAAAGCCCCAACUCUGCUCCAAAAGAGGAGGAUUCUGAUACUAAGCUCCAAGUAGAAGGAAGCCAGAAGAAUCCAAAGAAGAAGAGGAGGAAGCAAAAGGCCAAGGCCAUUUCUGAGGAGAAAAAAUCGGCAAAUGGGGGAGAUGGGGAAGCCCUUAAAGUUGAUGGAGAGAAGCAGGGAAUUUCUUCAAAAAAGAAAGAUGGACAGAAGCUGGGGAGAGAGAAGUUUGCUGUUUGGUGUGAGAAAUGCAACGUUGGAUGCACAAGUCAGAGCGUGAUGAACCACCACAUCAGGGGCAAGAAACACCUUGCUCGGCUCGAAGCCGAGAUGAAGAAAGAGAGAGAAAAGAGAGAGAGAGAGAAGAGAGCAGCACUUGCGAAAGAGGCUGCAGCUGUGGGAGAGGCUAAAGUGAAGAAUGAUGUUGAGGAAGAAAGAGAGAAAAGGGCAGAGGAGAGAAAAGAGGGAGGUAAUGAGGAGGUUGGUGAGAAGCCUAAGGUCGAGAUUGAGGUGGAGGCAAAGCACGUUGUGGAUGAAAAAAUCCAAGGAUGAUUGGGGGGUGAGUCACUUUUGGGGGUCAGUAUUUAAGUUUAUCAGUGCAAUUUUUGAGGUAAAACUGGACCCUUAGCAAUGUUUCAUGAAUUUGUAGUUUUUGUUUGGAUCUUGUGCUAUAUGUGUAAAUGUUUCAGGAUAUAGUUAGUAA